CUCCGAUUGGGCUUUUGGCUCGUGGAAAAAGGCUUUAGUGUGUAUUGGGCUUGAUUAAUAGAAAUGACAAAGUCACUUCCCCAAUCCGUUGCCGAACCGGAUUUUAAUCUGCAGAUUUGGAGCCCUAAUUUUGACAGAGAGCGUCUCCUCCGUUUCAAUUUCCCAAUUUUUCCCAAGUGGGGUGGCAAGGACAGCAGCAGCCCCAAAAAGUCGCUGCCGGGAAGCAGCGGUCAACGAAGUAAGGAGGUAAAGCGAGGAACUUUAGCGAUUCGGUCGGUUUUCGUUUAGAAUAGGGCACGGAGAUGGCGAAGCGCGAGAUAUCUAGCACUCUCAAGAACUUGAAGUUCAUGCAAAGGGGAGCCCUUAAAGAAGUGAAACCCCAAAAACAAGAAGAGGUUCAACCAAGUGGGAAUUUCCGCUCACCGGGAGGUAUUAGAAAAUGUGUGGUAAUAAUGGAAGGUGAUCCCCACCCUACUGCAGCUAUAGGCCGGUUGUCAUUUGGAAGUUUCAAUCCUUCUGUCGAUAAACUAAAUGAAGAAACAGCGAACCUUGCUUCUCCAGAACCAGCGAACCUUGCUUCUCCAGAACCAGCAUCGUCAUCUGGUGGUCACACAAAAGCAAAGGCAUCUCUAAGAGAAAAUGGGUUGUCACCGGAUGGUGCAGAAUGCUCGGACACAGCCAUGGCUGACUCUCAUGGAAGUGGAGACCAGAAAAGGAAACAGCCUGAUGUAGUUUCUGAAACAGAAAACUUUAAUACAUCAGCAAAAGCCAUUGAAGGUGGAGAUCAGUCAACAAGGAAGAAGAGCAAGAAAGCUUCUUUUAGGCAGAAGCACCAAAAGCUGGACUUCGCCGUUCUGAGAGCAAAGACUGAAAAUAAAUGAAGAGUAAUGAUGGUUUAACUAUUAAGUGGCUGUAUCAAUGAUGUGUUAGAAAUCCCAGUUUUGUCAGCAUUCUUGAAUGUCUUAGUCACGAGCCUGUACUUGACAAGUUUAACCUUCUUUAUAAUGAUUUCAAGGCCGAAUUGAACUUGUUAAGAAGUUACAAUCUGCUUUGCAGCUUUCGUCAUGUUAACCUGGUGAAUAUACUUGUACAAGCUGAAUGUUGCCAAAAGCUGAACCUGGUGAAUAUACUUCUACAAGCUGAAUUGAACUAGAAUGACACGAUUAGAGGUGUAUGGACUUUCGUGUUAUAUGAUAUUAUUUAUAUGUCUUAAUCCUUAUAGACCAUGUUUUUGUCAAUAAUUGCAUAUACCCGCCAUUUGUGGGAUUAAUAUUGAAUAUGCUUUUAUGAUUUUUUGAGGUGUUGGAUAUGAUUUUGCAUUAUUGUUGUAUUUGAAUUCAUAAGUGGGAAAAAUACUUCCUGAGGUGACAUGUUGAUGUGAGGAUGACUUGCACAAAGGUUUACCCAAUGAAGUGCAAUUAUAUGACUCAUGGUUUACCGCACAUAUGCAUAAGUCAAGGCAGUUGACUCUUUUGCCUAUUGGGAUGUCUUGAUGGUUGAGGUCUGGUCCUAGUGUUUUGCCUUGACUGCUAGAUGUAUGAUAGGGUCGUGUAUGCUUUGUUAUGAACUCACUAUGUGAUGAUUAUCUCACUCAGCCUAUGAGCUGAUCUUCUUUCAUUCUUUUGCUCUGUCUGCUUAUGUAAUGUGUAAGUAGAUCAUUAGGUACAACAGUAGUUAUCUACAUAGGUACAAGCAGAGCUACGAAUUGAAGGCAAGAUAGGUAUGGUGUUAAACUAUUUUGUCCUUGGACGACUUCAGAAUUUUUGGCAGUGGUCUACACUUUUUUGUCAACAUGUUUUGAGAACAAUUUUCAGGGUAAAUUGCAAGGUUGAUCACUGAAAGUGCUAAAAUAUUCACGUUUGGUCAAUAAAAGAAUUUUAUUCCAUUUGUGGUCACUGAAAGUUGUUAACGUUUCACGAUUAGUCACUCUCCGUUAGUUUCCAUUAACACCGUUAGUGGUUUGCUGACGUGGCAACCAAAAAUGCUGAUUCAUCCAAUGCUGACCUGCUACGUCAUUUAACUUGACUUGCCACAUCAUCAUACCCAACACACUGCCAGAAAGUGCUAUUGCUAUCAUCUCCGUCUCCCCAACCAUCGACAAUUUCACCUCCGCACUCCAAUCCCACUCCACGCCGAUGCCGAUUGGACCUUCAAGAAUAUCCCGCUGCCUUCUCUGGCCAAGCUAGAUCUGGCAGAAUCGCCUAUUUGCCUCGCCUUCAAUGCUACAAAACUCAACAUUCACGGCUAUAUAGUUCCCCCUUUGGUGACGUUGAGUGCAAUACACAUCGGGCUGCUACUAUUGAAGGCCUGGUAGAGAUGGGUUGACGAUGGUGUUAUUGAAUCCCUUUGCAAUGGUUGAUGGCGACAGUGGGGAUUAGAGGUUGAUGGUGACCGAGAAGAAGGGACUAAGAAGGUGGGCCAGAAUGAGGUUUUCAUUUGGGCCAAUUUAGUUUUAGGUCGGGCAGGUCAAUAAGGAGGGUUGGGUUGGGUAAUCUAACAAGGCUGGUAAAACUGACGUGGCAUAUCCGGUUUUAUGAUGUGGCAGGUCAAAAUUGGAUGAAUCAAUAUUUUUUGUUGCCACAUCAUCGAAUCACUAACGGUGUUAAUGGAAACUAACGAAGAGUGACCAAUCAUGAAACGUUAACCACUUUCAGUGACCACGAAUGGAAUAAAAUUUUUUUAGUGACCAAACGUGAAUAUUUUAGCACUUUCAGUGACCAACCUUGCAAUUUACCCACAAUUUUCAUGUACAUACUAGUUUCAGAUGUGGUGCAUCCACACGCGUGGAAAGCUGAAUAUAGGUGUAAAAAUCUC